AUGAGUACUUCCAAAUAUCUUGGGCAUGAAGCUCUCAUUUCCUACUUACAUGAGCAAGAUAAUUAUUCGUAUCGUGGAUUUCUGGGUCGCCACCGCGAUAUAAUAAUCAUUUCAGCUUUCUCAAAUCACUGGCGUGAACUCGACAAUACAUGGUUUACUAGAUUUUUGGAAGAAGCAGAAAAGUUAUUUGACAAAAAAGAUUUCACAGAUUUAACAAAGAAGGUAGCAUUGGAACGACGUGGAAAUGGUUUGCAGACAUAUUGGAAUGGAGUAAUUGUAGAACAAAAAAAGAAACGAAUUGAGAUCGAAGAAGAAAAGGAAAACAUAGUACCUACUUCUAGUGAGCUUAGGAAAAAAAGAAAGAAACAAAGGCAAACAUACAAAACCGAACUUGAAGUAUUAUCAACAAUACCUCCGCCUAUCUAUUACCCAGAUCUGGAUAAGUGCACCACCACCACCAAAUCAACUACGGCCCGUAAACCAUUUCCGGUCGAAAGUUGGACUUCAUUUCUUGAUGAGGUUCAAUCUUAUGAAUUAGAUGAUAAAAUUAAACAAUACCCGCGACCAUCUUUUAAGACUUAUGAUAAAAGUUAUGAUAUAUCAAAUGAAGAAGAUGUUAGAGGUGCAUUAAAAAAUAAUAUAUUUGACAACCUCCAUAUUAUUACGACUUCACAACAACAAAUUGAAUUUUUUAAGCGAAUUUCAAAGGAGGAUAAUGUUAAAGGAGAUCCCGAUUUCAUUUAUAAAAAUAUUAACGAAUUAUUAAUAAUAAUUGAAGUAAAGACUCUUUGGGUCUUAUAUUUGGAAGAUAGUGAAUCUCUUCAUGAAAAAUAUAAGGAAGAUUUACGGAGAAAAGAAUGUGAGACAAUUUCCCUAAACUCUGGUAGAAAGAUCUCUGUUGUGGGCAUUAUACAUCAAAUUUUUGGAUAUUUAGUUGUAAAUGAAUUACAAUAUGGUAUUCUCUCAACUUAUAACCAACAUUGGUUCCUUAGAAGACCCAAAGAAGAAUCACGUGUUCUCAAAAUUUCUCCAACAGUAGAUAUACGGUCACAGAAUCCUCAAAUUUUGAAGUGCUAUACUUACUUACAACAUCUGUCUAGAACAGAUGCUGAAUGUCCUAGUCCAGGAACAACACCAUCACUAUCACCACGAUCAAGUCUUGAUGAUGAAAGUCCAGAAGACAAUACCUCGGAUUCAGAUUAUGAAGAUUAUGAGGAAACAUCUAAACAAAAACGGAAACGAAAUUCUAAAGGGAAGCAAAACAACUCGGCUAGUAAAAAAAGUUGCCAGUAA